AUGGGCUACCUAUCGCUGCCUGCAGACCUCGCUGACCGCACUGACGAAGACGACGCCAUCUCGUUUACUGAUGACCUCAUAGACUGGCUAAUAGACAUGCAGUCCACCAGAGUGCUGUUCCCAAGCCGAGGCAAUAAGCCAAUACGCCUCGAGCGUCUCAUUGAUCUGCUUGAUCCUGUCAACGACCCUCGCGGCUAUCGUCGCUUGGUAAGGAUGGCACCGGGCGCAUUUGACGAGCUACUCACCUUGCUGCACGGCACAGAGGAGUUCUAUGACACUUCAAGAGAUGUCCUCGCAGAGAUGCUCUCAGUCGUACUCUAUCGCUUUGGUCACUCGGGCAAUGGAGCCUCUGUCGCAGAGAUCGCUCGUGGAGCUGGCAUCAGCGAAGGCUCAGUGAUCUCCUGGUCGAAGAGGGUUGGAUCUGCGCUUGCAGGACUUCGCCAUGUUGUUCUAACCUGGGCUACCGAAGGGGAGAAGGCCGCAGCAAAGCAGUGGAUAGAGGAUCGCAUUCCCGUGCCGUCCUGGAUUGCGGGGUUUUGUGCGGUCGAUGGCACCCACAUCAAGCUGACCAACAAACCCGGGAUCAACGCCAAGGACUACUUUAACUACAAGCGGUUCUACUCAUUCAACGUCCAGCUUGUCGUCCUUCCUCACAGCCUCCGGAUCAUCGAGUAUGUGGUGGGCUACAAGGGAUCAGCUCAAGAUUCCAGAGCAUGGGCCGGUGGAAGUGCCCUGCUGCGCGAACCAGGCAAAUACUUGGAGCUAGACAAUGGAGAGUUCAUCUGGGCAGAUGGUGGAUACGGCUUGUCGCCGUUUGUUGUAGGCCCAUACUCGCACAAGAAGGCAGAGUUGUCUGUUGAUCUCAGAAUGUUCAACUGGAAUAUGAGCCGAAUUUGGGUGCGCGUAGAGCACGCCAUCUCUUGUUGGAAGGCGAGAUUCCAGAGGAUGAAAGAAUUCACCAUCCAGCUAAACACCGAUGAGCACGAAGAAGCGGCUUGCGAGACCAUCAUCGCCACCAUGGUUGCCCACACCAUUGCUCAAAAGUACGAUGCCCGAUGGGAUAUGCAGGAAUUUUUAAGUGAAGCACAAGCGCCGACGGAGGCCAUCGCCGAAAUUCUUAGAGAGCUGGAGGUGGAUCCUGAACAGCGAGAAGAGAACGCCCAGGCCUGGCAGCGACGUGCUGAAGCUGAGGCCAGGAGAAAGGAGGCAACCCGAGAGCUAGAGCGCCGACUGGGAACGUCCGCCAUGCAGACUCGUCGAAAGGCCGAUGCUCGUGAUAAGCGAGAGGACUUGCACCAGGAUCUGUUCCUACACUUGAAGCGCUCUUUUUGUGAUACAACCUUCGACAGCCGGAUGAAGGAAUGUCGAGCUACCGAUCUUCAGAUGUCGCAAGCAGAUGGCCAGCAUCGGUCCGCUUCACAGUCCCGCAGUCAGCGAUCACGAUCGGUAGCCUCGCGAGCAAGCAGCAGCCGCGGCGGAAGAAGAGGCCGAGCUUAG